AUGGAGUCCUACUCAACUAAGCUCACAUGGGAAUCUCUAAGACCCCGAGGAGAGAAGCAAGACUGGGCAGGAAAGGUUUGGUUCAAAGGUCAUGUUCCAAGUCACGCGUUUAUGAUGUGGGUCGCACACUUGGAUAGGCUUCCCACAAGGUCUCGCUUGGCUUCGUGGGGACUCCAAAUUGACACAUGCUGUUGUGUGUGUAAUCAUUUCCAUGAAACACGUGAUCAUGUGUUCCUUAGAUGUGAGUAUGCAGAGCAAAUUUGGAAAAUGGCAAUUAGGCGACUGGGAUACAGACCAGUCCUCUUCCACACUUGGGAUGCUCUUCUUGCUUGGAUAGAAAUGAGGGUUAGACACUGUCCUUCGACUCUUCGUAAGCUAACUGUUCAAGCUAUCCUAUACAGGCUUUGGCGUGAGAGGAAUCAGCGGCUGCACAAUGCCUCACCAACACCACCCCAAGUAAGCUUUAAGGAGAUAGACAGACAGAUAAGGAACACCAUCUUGGCUAUGAAACACCGCAGGAACUUCAAAAACCUCAUGCAAAUCUGGUUGACUCAUGAGUAA